AUGGGAGGUUAUGUGCCAUUUGCUGCAAGAAUCACCACAAUUUUAUUUAGGAUGAUUUUGAGGGUCUGGGCGUAUUCAGGUCUUGUUUUAGUAUUUUGUUGCCUAGUUUAUUAUUUAUAUGGCGCAGUAUUUGCUAUGAUUUUAUUGUUUUUUGCUGUCACAGGUAUUUUGUAUCAAAUUCAAGACAGUUUACUUUAUAAUUCUGAAUUGCCUACACAUUCAAGGGUCUAUGUACCAAUACCAUCCACAUUUAACCUUCCGUAUGAGAGUGUAAUGACCAAAACCUCAGAUGGAAUACAAAUUCAUAUGUAUUUCAUUUAUCAGUCCAAAGAUAAACAAAAACCAUGCCCUACAAUAGUCUAUUUUCAUGGAAAUGCAGGGAACAUUGGCCAUAGGUUACAAAAUUGUGCAGGAAUGUACAGUAAACUCCAAUGUAAUAUUUUGUUAGUUGAAUAUAGAGGAUAUGGGUUGUCCGAAGGUGUACCUUCAGAAGAUGGCCUUUAUUUAGAUGCAAAAGCAAGUCUAGAUUAUUUGUUUACCAGGAAUGAUAUUAAUCAUUCAGAAAUAAUAAUUUUUGGUAGAUCUUUAGGUGGUGCUGUUGCUAUAGAUUUGGCUACAAGAGAAGAAUAUGUAGGAAAAAUCUGGUGUUUAAUUGUAGAAAAUACGUUUACAAGCAUACCUGAUAUGGCGAAAGUAUUAUUAGGUUGGAGGAUGCUUCAGUACUUUCCACUAUUUUUCUAUAAAAAUAAAUUCCUAUCAUAUCAGAAAGUGAAAAGCCUUCGACUGCCCACGUUAUUCAUAUCAGGUAUGGCAGACUCGCUAGUGCCUCCUCGGAUGAUGCAGGAACUCCACAACCGCUGCAAUAGUAUCAGGAAGCAGCUGCUACAAGUACCUGCGGGCACUCACAACGAAACGUGGCAAUUACAAGGGUACUACCGUUCCAUGGCUGUGUUUUUACAAAGUUGUAGGUUGGACAAUAUUAGUCAUAGUCCUAACUUCGAUAUUAAAGUUAGUAAUGCAAACACCAAGAGUGAGAGUGUAUGGAUAGAUGUACAAAUUAUUUAA